CCACGUUUAUCUCUGUCAUUUGACACGAACAUAAUCGAAACAUUCCCUCAUUUAAUCAUCCAUAACCUUUUCUUUUCACCAUCAAAAUUCAAAAACACCGUAAAUCAAAAUCCCCAAUUUCAAACCCUAAAACCUCCACAACAAACCCUAAAAUCAAUGGACAAAUCUACGCUAGCCUCCAUUGGAGAACGUUUGAAAGCUGGAGGAACACAAAUGGGAAGAACAAUAUCCCUAAAAGUGAAGGAAAUGAAGGACCUUCUUCAAACUCCAACUCCAGAAUCACGAAUCGUCGAUCAAUCCACUUCUCCGACGCUCGAAUCUCCUGAUUGGGGCCUUAAUCUGCGAAUUUGCUCGCAAAUCAAUGCCGAAGAAUUGAGCGGUGCUGAAAUUGUGAAGGCGAUUAAGAAGAAGAUCAACAAUGGCGGAAAUGGUGAUGCUAAGGGGUUGAGGUUGGCGUUGGAGCUUCUAGAAGCUUGUGCGAUGAACUGUGAGAAGGUUUUCUCGGAGAUUGCGUCGGAGAAAGUUGUGGAAGAUAUGGUGGUUAAGCUGAUUGAGAAUCCUCAGGCUGAUCGAGAAUGUCAAGUUAGAGCUAUGGAGUUGAUUAGGGCUUGGGGUGAGACUGAGGAGUUGAGUUAUUUGCCUGUUUUUCGCCAAACUUAUGAGAACUUGAAAAGGAGGAGCAUGUCUUCUCAGGUGGAAGAUGGAUCAUUUCCGCCUGUGCAGUAUUCUUUGGAGUCAUACACCGAUGAGCAUGAAGUCUCACCACCUGAAAGCUAUCCGAUUCCUGGCUCAGAGUCAAAUGGUGCAGCUGAUGCUAUGCUGCCUUACAACUAUGGCAAUCUUAGUUCAGAGCAAAAGAAGGAAUUUCUAGAAAUUACCAAGAAUAGCCUUGAAGUGCUUUCCAGUUUGUUGAGCUCUGAAGCAGAUCCCAAAGUCAUUGAGGAUGAUCUGACGAUGAACAUGUUAGACAAGUGCAAGGAUUCACAGCCUGUUCUUCAGAGGAUAGUUCAAAGCACAAAUGAUGAUGAAAGCUUGCUGUUUGAGGCUCUGAAUCUUAAUGAUGAACUCCAGAAAAUCAUUUCAAAAUUUGAGGAAAUGCAAGUUUCCAGAAAACCUGACGUGCAAAAUUCUGAAGAGCCAAAGGAAUUUCAUUCUGUUGAUGCCCAGUCCCCUCCAUUGGUAGAAGCCCAGCCCCCUCCACUGGUAGAAGCCACAGUCGUGAACAAACCAAAGGAAUCCCCUGAAGUAGAGACUGCCAAACCUGCUGCUGCAGAUCUCGAUAAGGGCGAACAAUCCAGCAAUGAUAAGAAGUAGGUUUGAUGAAGGGGGUGGAUUUUUUAUUUUUUUUUCCUUCCUUCCCACUUUAGUUUUCAUUCAGUGAGUGAUGUACGUAUGCUUAUGGUCUGUCUUCUUCCAGAUGACCAUGGUUGCAGUUAUUUUAAGGUUUCAGUUAUGCAUUAAUCUUCCUGCAGAGCCGAUAGAAAAUUUUCUCUAUCCUACAGUAUCUAAUGCUGUAGGCCUCUGUAUAUAAUGAUCUUGGCGGCCUUGCUAUGUUUCUCGACUGUUUAUUCGAGUAAUAAUAGCAGUACCAGAUUCAGUGAUUUCUUAUU